AGGUAUAUUGAAACGUAAUCUUCGAAGGUAAGGGAUGAAAUGCAUCAUAACAAACCAGCAGACGGUUUCAGAUGUUGGAGAAACGGGUCUCAAGGGCAAAGUUCUCGUCUCGGAACAAGACGAUGUCGGUUUUGUUGUCUAUGAUGUUCAUCUAGUGAAAGAUCAAGUGAUAGAAUUAAAACCAUACAAAAUUGGAUAUAACCACACCUACUACGUCAUGCGCGGGGUUGCCGUUGCUGCGUCGCCUUAUGGUGAGGAGGUCCAGCUUGGUGCCGAUGAUGUUCUUGCGCUUAAUGCGGAGACAAUUACAACGAUCAAGGUGAAAGAGGACAUUCGAUUAUCUAUCGGAUAUGUCCCAUGCGCACCGGAUCAGACACCUGGUCGUUUUAUAGUUCGGCGUCUUGAUGAUAUUGUAGGUACUCCCAAGAAUGUAUUUUGGCAACGAGGCUACAGCAGACGACUUUUUGUAAAAGCAGACGGCUUCAAUAUUGGAAUUACCAACACGACUCUUUUCCCCAAUUUCAGGUCUCCGCUUUAUUACCCAAACCACGUGGAGGCUGUGCUCAUGUUCAAAGGCUCUGGGAAAUACAUAUGGAAUGGAGGUGAAGAGUCCCAAGAAUUUGAUGAAGAGAAACACGAUGGUACAAUGAUCCUUAUCGACAGGCAUGAGCAACAUGAUGUCGAAUUGUAUGAUAAAGGAGCAGAAGCUAUAUGUUACUUCUUCCCUGCGUUGCUAGGCCACGAAACGCAUGAUUUCACAAAGGGAGACGACAACAAAUAUUCAGCUUAUGGUAAUUGACAAACAAUUUGAAUAAAUUAAUUCAGCAUAAAUAACUAAUAGAGUAAUUGAGAUAUUCGACAUAUGGCAAUUAGCACAGGAUUGGGACGACCUAUAUUCAGCAAAUGGUAAUCUACAAAAAAAUGAUUGAGGGAAUCUAUACUCAGCAUAUACUGUAUAGUACUCGUAACAGAGUAACAAUUGAACAAGAUAUUCAGCAAAUAAUAACUGAGUGACCAUUGAUUGAGAUAUUCAAAAUACGGUAAUUAAUAAACGAUUAAGAUGACUUACAUUCAGCAUAUGGUAAUGGAGUGGGAAAUAAUUGGGACAAUCUAUAUUUAGCAGUUGUUAAUCGAGUAAGAUUUGAUUGGGUGUCAAGUGAUUGAUAUAUUCAGAAUAUGGUAAUUGAGUAACAAGUGACUGAUAUAUUCAGAAUAUGGUAAUUGAGUAACUAGUGAUUGAGAUAUCCAGAAUAUGGUAAUCGAGUAACUAGUGAUUGAGAUAUUCAGA